UUGAACGCAAUUUCACCUUCUUUUGCGGCUGUACAUUUGACUUUUGAUUGAAUGCACGAAACAGCCUGAAACAUUAUUCAAUCGUCUAAUAUCACAGUGAACUAAUCGGCAGUAGCGUUCGAAGCUUUUGACUGCAAUAAUCGAUCGCAUUACUGUCAUUAUGUACAAACAAAAGUUUAUGCAAGACGGCAAGGUCAACUUGAGAUCGGAUGAAUUUUACAAGAAAAUAAAUGUAAUUCGUGGACCUUCUGCUGAAAGAGCCAAUGUGUGCGCGCGCUGCCGUACACUUCGUUAUUGAAAACGUUCACAGAUGAUUGCGUUUCGAGGAGCAAAAAUUUGGAUCGUUACCGGCAAAUUAUUAUUUUGGCGCGGUGCACGCAUCAGUAUUGUUCGCGGCGUUGAACCGAGCGCACGGCCUCUUUCGUCCAACGGCAAUAUAGUAACGCGAUCCGAUAAAACGAGCGGUCGGUGCGUCGAUAGGGAGCACGAGGCAAGUUGGCCGCCGACGAUCCGGAGAAUCGAAAGAAAUCAUGAUAAUUACGUUAGCAGUCCUUUCGGUAAUUUGUACUUUCUUGUUGAAAGCAUUGUCCGCGAUCUAUGCCCACGUCGCGCUUCGGAUAAAAUGUCUGCGGAUACCGGGACCCUGGGGCAUCCCGUUUUUAUGGUCGAUUCUCGGAGUCUCUCUGCGCUCGAAGGAUGAAAUACUACGAUCGAUACAGCAAAUGUCUGACAAGUACAAAAAUGGUAUGUUCUUAAUAUGGUACUUUAGCACUGGAUAUUUACACCUGAAAAAGCCCCAUCAAAUAGAGGUAAUAUUGAAGAGUCAAACGUUAAUAAAAAAAGCCUCGACUUACGCCUACUUGAGCGAGUGGAUUGGGAACGGCCUUGUAACGUCGACAGGUGACAUAUGGCACAGGCAGCGUCGUCUACUAACGCCAGCUUUUCACUUCGCCGUACUGGACCAAUUUUCCGACAUUAUCGCCGACAAAGUUAAGAUAUUGAACGAUUCUAUAAGAGCGCUCGUCGACGAACAACCCGCCAGAGCCGUCAACAUCUUUCCCAUGGCAAUUAAAUUCACGUUGGAUGCCAGUUGCAGAACCAUCAUGGGACUGGACUUGGACGUGCAAAGAAAGGGCGACAAUGAAUACGUUGAGGCGCUGCACCGUUUUGUCAAUUUGACGACCGAGCGAUAUUUCUCCUUCUGGCUUUGGUCGGAUUUUCUGUACGACUUGACUACCCAAGGAAAAUCUUAUCGGCGCUCUAUCAAAACUAUGCAUGACUUUACUUUCAAGGUGAUGGACAAAAAGAUCAAAAUGCGAAAACAGCGAGCAAAUGCAAACGGCAAAGGCCAGCCUAGCGAAGAUAGCAGAUACAGCGACGUUACACCGUUUCUAGAUCGUUUAAUCGAUUUAAGCGAAACGGGCGAUAAGCCUUUGACUUUGCAAGAAGUUCGAGAGCAACUGGACACCUUUAUGUUUGCCUCGCACGACACCACGGGGAUAGCCAUCAGCUACGCCCUGUUCUGCCUCGCAAACAGUCCCGAGGCGCAAGAGAAAGCUUACAGCGAGAUCAGCGAGGUGGUCGGCAGUAGCCACGAGACGCCCACUAAGCAGCAGCUGGCGCGCUUGAAGUACCUCGAAAGAGCGAUCAAGGAGUCACUGCGGAUAUUCCCCAGUGCACCUUUCAUAAGUCGAGAGCUGACGCACGACGUCGAAAUCGACGGCAUUGUCGUGCCGAGAGGUAUCGAGGUGCAAAUGCUGAUACUGCAAAUGCAUUGGGAUCCUGAAAUUUGGAACGAUCCUGCCAAGUUCGAUCCCGAUCGAUUUUUGCCCGAGAACAGUGCUGGCAGACACGCUUACUCUUACAUUCCUUUCAGCGCUGGUCCGCGAAAUUGCAUAGGACAGAAGUUCGCAAUGUUACUCAUGAAAAUCGCCCUUGUGUACAUUUUGAGGGAAUGGAUCGUUCAUACCGAUAUUUCUAUUGAAGAUUUACCGUUGACGACGCAAUUCGUACUGGCACCUCCCAAUCAGAUCUUAAAUUUGCGAUUUGAACCGAGACACCGGCACUAGUUAUAUCUUUCAUAGGUAUGAUUGGUGAAUAUAUUAAUUGGGUGGGCCAUGUCACGUUAUGUAUAAGGCAUACAUUUUGAAUAUUUUUAUGUUGAAUUUCGUUUUUCAUUGGUUCGAGUUUAUGUAUAAUUUAUGAUGUUUCGUGUUCAUUCGUGAUUCUUCCAGUAAUAUUAAUUAGAUACUUUUUAUGAGUCGAUGCACGUAAUAAAAAAUUAUUCUACAUGCAAAUUAUAUGACGCAAAAAUAAACAGUGUAAUAUGUUGAUCAGUUUUUUUUUUAUUCUAAAAUUAAUAUUUAUAGUGUCCUCUAUAAAUAUGUAACAUUAAAUAAAAUACAUAA